AGCAAUGUUCUUCCUGAAAAUACAACAUUUGUUAAAAACCAACAUCGAAUUAAGUAGUAGUAAUUUUAAAGUUAAUGAAUAUACGUAAAUUCUUUGUCCUAUAGGUUUACUUUUGUUUGAUAGUUACUGCCAUUGUUUGAAAUCUGUUCGAGAUAUAUCCUAGUAGAAUAACAACAAAAUGGAUAUUGUACAGAAAGAGUAUGAGAAUGAAGAUUUAAAAAAGGAGGAUGUGAAGAUUUUAAAAGAAUGGUGUGACAGUCAACCUCAUUUACCAAAAAUGACUGAGCAAGAAGUCAUCUGGUUUUUGCAAAGUUGUUACUACAGUAAUGAAAGAGCGAAAAUUGCUAUAGAUAACUAUUUCACUAUGAAGACAUUGAGUGCAGAGAUAUUCAAGAAAAGAGAUUUCAACUCGCCUGUUUUUCAAGCAAAUUUGAAGUUAGGGAGUUUCUCCAUUCUUCCUAAAAAAACACAUGAAGGUUAUACUGUUUGCUUCUUCAAAUUCUUGGAUUCAAACGCUGAGAAUUUCUCAUUGUGCGAAUUCAUGAAAAUUUUUGAUAUGGUGGUUCUAUUGGACAUCUAUUUGAAUGGCACACAAAAAGGUUUGAGAUACUGUUUCGAUGUCAAGAACAUAUCCCUAGGACACGUUGCAAAAUUGAGCUUGGUUACGUUGAAGAAAUUUUUCCUCUAUUUACAGGAAGGAAUGCCUAUUAGAUUGAAAGGACUUCAUUACAUCAAUGCAAAUCCCAUAUUGGAUAAAGCUUUGAUCUUAGUUAAACCAUUUUUGAAGAAGGAAGUUCUCGCUAUGUUAACAAUUCAUCCAUCCUUGGAUGAGAAUAUGAAAAAAUAUAUUCCUUUAGAAUGUUUCCCAAGUGAUUAUGGUGGAAAAUGUGAUACCUCAUCCUCACUGUAUGAACAAACAAAGAAGGCCUUGUUUGAAAACGAGGAAUUUUUCGAACAUCAAGAUAAGCAAUUGGUGGAUGAAUCAAAAAGAUCCGGAAAACCAAAAAAUGCCUCUGACAUAUUUGGAGUCGAAGGAACUUUCAAGAAGCUUGAUCUGUUUUGAGUUUUUCGGUAGAUAUAAGUACAUGUAAAUAAAUUGUUAGAAAUAAAAGUUUUGAAAAAGGUC